UGAAUUUGGGAAGUUUGCAACUUUUUGGAGCUACUGGAGUUGAGCAAUGGCAAGGAAAGCUUUCCUGAACUGAGGAUUCUUAAAUGCCAGAUUCUUCUGUGCCUUUGCUGUGAAGGUGUUUUUCUGCUGAAGGAAAUGACUUCAAGGAGAAAAUAAUUCCAGCAUGGAGUAAGAGCUUGUGACAGAGACCAAGUGUUGCCAGCAGUUGCUCCAGGUGCUCCUGCCAACAGCCCCUGCAGGGAGGAGCACAGCCCCCAGUGCACGUGGGCUUUGGCUCCCUGUGGCACAGAAGCCCCCCGGGGGCACGGGUCUCUGGGGCAGGAGAUGGGCACCAGCGCUGCCAGGGCUGGGGGUGGCAGCUCUGCUUGGGGGGGACUCUGCCACAGCUGCUGAUGCCAGCGCUGCCCGGGCCCCAGGGCUCAGAGCAGCAUUGGUGCCCUGGCCCACACGUUCCUUGUCCGUGUCACAGCCGCGGGUUCAGGAUGGCCACCAGCUGGGACGUGUCCCAAGGAGGCCGUGCCAGCUUCUGUGGAAGGUCCCGUGCCCUUGCCAGCGCGGCUGCGUCGGCAGCCCUGGGGGCUCCUUCUGCUGCCCUGAGCCCGCAGAGCAGGGCAGCGUUUGCUGAUGGUUUGAGCCGCUCCUAAAGACCCUGUCAGGCUGUCUGAGACACUUGGGGCCAGGGAUUCCUUCCAAGCUGGGCCACUUUGGGUGGGCUGGGGGCAGCCCCAGGGCAGGGGGCAGUGUGUGCAGGGGCCCUUUGUGACACGGUGCAGCACGGUCAGCGUGGCAUGGAACGGGUGUCCAAGGGCCCUUUGUGACACGUGGUGACACAGGAGCUGGCGGUGACAAGACCACGCCACAGUGCUCGGAGCACGCGAAGGGACAGGACGGGACAGAGCGGUGCUGUGAGGAGCCCCCGCACAGCGCACUCGUUCGUGUCUGACCUGCAGCUUUUCCCAGGUGUUAUUCCUGCAGCUCUUUGCCAGAUCCAGCCAUGGCGCGGACACAAGAGCAGGACCCCGCCCGUGGCCUCUUCCGCAGAACAGCGCAGCUGGUCUGCAAAUUGAUCAAGAGAAUUCGGGAGGAAGAGACCAGCACCAUGGGCACUGGGCUCAGAGCAUACUCGCACAUCUUCAAAACCAAGACCAGUGCUGCCCUGCUGGAUAUGCUCGUAGAGGAGGGCUUUUCCAACCCAAAGCAAGUAAGCAGCCUCUGGCCAGGGUUUCAUCCUCCCAGCAAUUGCUUGGCCUCCCAAGCCACGCCCGCUGGUCCCUGUGAGCCUUUGAGGCCAUGGCAGCGUGGUGGGAAGGGAAGCACUUCUCUGGGGAAGCUGGGGACAUUCCUCCCUCUGGCAGCUUUCCAAAUCUCCCCGUGCCUUCUCCAGGUGCCCGCCAUGGUCAGGUACAUCCACCAGUGGCUCAUGGCCAAUCAGUUUGCUGAGCACAGGCUGAACAGGACCCUGCUGGAUCUCACCGAAGCCCAGCCCGCUGACGUACUAAUGACGCUGCUGCGUGUGGCCCCAUCCUGUGACAGGUAUGGGGCCCAGCUGCCCAGAGGGCUCAGGGCUCCCCAGCCCAUCAGCCUGUGCAGCCUGUGCCAGGUGUCUGAGCAACAGAGAGUUCCAGGGCCCUCUGGCUGCUCCCUUUGCCAGCCCUGGCACGGCAGUCCCCAAGCCUGCUGCCAUGCUGCCUCGCUGCCCCUCAGGGGCCUGUCCCCACAGGGCUGGGCUGCUGGCUGCUGCUGGCCAGUGGCAGUGGGCAGAGGCAGAGCUGGCAGCCAGCUCAGGUCCCCGCUGCUGCCCAGGCCACAGUGCUGUGUCCCAGACCCCCCUGAGACAGAGCUUUAACCCCACAGAGCUGCUCUGACCAUGUGGAAGAGCAUCAUGUGCUCGCCCAGGACUGCCGAGCCUGCGCUGCUGGUACUCCUGGAUGUGCUGGGGAGCUGGCAUGAGCACAGCACGGGCACCUCCGAUGGGGACAAAACGGGUGUCUUUGU